AUCCAGUUGCCGCGGUUUAAGGAAAAAAGGUGGUGGGUCUGUUUGUGUGUUAUCAUUUUAAGUUUUUCAAAUAUUCUUUAUAAGUAUAUAAUUUUUAAAUUUUCGUAACUCUUACCGAUCAAAGCAGUCAGUUAAAAUGUCAGCCAAACGUAAAGCAGGUGGAAAUGGCAAUGGUCCGAAUAAACGGCGACCUAAAAAAAAGGAGUCCGAUUAUGAAGACGAGGUUAGUGAAGAAUCCGAAGAGGAAGCGCAGACCUCAUCAAGUCAAGUUGAAGUAUUGAUUCCUCAUGAUAACAUGGAUCCACCUAGUAAACUGCCUGAUGAUCUGUUAGCCACAAUGGAUAAAACACCCGGACACAUGCUAAUUUCCGGCAUGGUUACUUGGGACCUGACUGGCAAACGCGAUCGGAAAAAUGUAGUUAAAGUUCGUCCCAAUUUGUAUAGCUUUCAUCGUUUCACUGAUGAAAAGUAUCGUUUCGCGGCCAGCGGUUGUGCAGCUGCCCAUACUAUUCUGAUUAAUAUGGAUCGCCGGGCCUUGGCUUUUGGUCGCAAUCCAUCUGGCCAGUUAGGGUUAUCGGAUACAAAAUUGUGUGAAAAACCUACCAUUAUACCAACAUUGGAAAAGUUAAACAUUGUUCAAGCUGCGGUCGGACGCCAUCACUCUCUUUUUCUUACGGAUACCGGCACAGUAUUUGCUUGCGGCGACAAUAAAUCGGGACAAUGUGGCGUUGGCAAUACUACGCCUGUCAUCACUGUACCAACGCUUAUCAAUUAUCGCGGUCCUCCAAUCGUACGCAUAGGUUGCGGAGCCGAAUUCUCUGUUAUUUUGGAUAUUAAAGGUAAUUUGCAUACCUUUGGUUUGCCUGAGUACGGGCAGUUGGGUCACAACACAGAUGCCAAAUAUUUUGUAAAUGCCAAUAAGUUGUCAUUCCAUUUUGAGACAUCGCCGAAAAAGGUGGUUUUAUACAUUGAAAAAAACAAAGAUGGGCACGUGAAUCCAGUGGAUAAUGUACAAAUUGUUGAUUUUGCUUGUGGCAACAAUCACACGGUGGCUAUUGAUUCAAAAAAACGCGUUUACAGCUGGGGAUUUGGUGGUUUUGGUCGUUUAGGUCAUGCUGAGCCUAAAGAUGAAAUGGUACCGCGGUUGAUUAAGUUUUUUGAUGUUCACGGACGUGGUGCUCGUAGUGUUUAUUGCGGUGCUACCUUUAGUUUGGUAGUUAAUGAGUUGGGCGUGCUAUUUUUGUUCGGUCAGAAUAAAAAAACCGGUGAGGCUAACAUGUACCCGAAACCUGUGCAAGAUUUGUCAGGUUGGAAUAUCACGGAUAUUGGGUGUGCCAACACAUCUAUUGUCAUAUCAGCUGAUGAUACCUUGAUUGGUUGGGGUGCCUCGCCCACUUAUGGUGAACUUGGCAUAGGCGAAUUUCAAAAGUCUUCCACAGUUCCUAAGGAAGUGCCCAAAAUGGAUAACAUGAAAAUACCUCAAGUUACCAUGGGCUACUCACAUACAAUAAUCCUUAUCAAUACUGAUCAUGACGGUACCAAAGUGAAAUAUGAGAAAAUGCCGCAAUACGCUAUCGAUGACUAGAAAUUGGAAAAAGUUACUAACCAGGAACAUCGAGAAAUACAACUCAUAUUAGAAAAGCAAUUGAAAUUCUUAUUUUCUGUACCGUAGGUCGCCUUUAAUUGCAUUUAUUGUAUGGAAGCAAUAUCAAAUCCUUACAAUUCAAUUGCUUCGCCGUGGCCUUUUUUAUUCAACGGCAAAUUCACUUUUAAGUUAUUAAUCAUUAUCGUCGUCCAUCAACAUAUUUUUUAAUCAAGACAAAUCAUCAUUUUAUAGUACAUUUAAGUCUCAAUCUCUAUAUACUUUUAAGGUCAUCGUCUCCGACAUGUUUUCUUUUCGUACAAGUUGUAGCUUACUCAGUAUUUUUUUUUCUUUUUCUUAGUGUUCUUGUUUAUAUAAGUUCACAGUAUAUCUUACAUUAAUUUAAUUUUUCCAACCUUUUACGAAAUACAUAAAAUACAUUUAAUAAAAAUGGAAAAUGUA